CAGCCCAGCCAAUGGGAGUACGCAAAAUCUAAAAUUCUACGUGGAAAUAAGUAAAUAAAUAAUGGCAAAAAAUCCAGAAGAGGACGACGCCGGCAACGACUGGACGCAGAGUGAUGAGGAGGACAACUGGGACGACUGGGGCGACGACGAGGACAAGUUUGUUCACGUGGAGAAGGAACCCAAGCAGGAGGAGGAGAAAGUCUCGACCAAAAACGACGCAAAAACAGCAGUGGUGGAAAAUCAGGAAAAGCUGGAAACUCCGGGAGUUCCUCCAAACAGCACAGCUCCAGCAGCCGCCGCCGCCGCCUCCUCAUCCUGGGGUCUCUGGGGCGGCAAGUUGAGCUCUGUGUUGUCCACCGCCACGGAGGGAUUGGGCACUAUAAGUAGUCAAGUCAACCAGGGUCUGAAUCAAAUAAUAGGAGUGCCCGAUCCCGAGGAACUGGCUCGCUUCAAUGUGGCUGAGAAGGCGGAAAAGGCUGCCAAGGAACCGCCACUGGAAAAGGAGAAGGCUCCCGAGGAAGUCAUCCCAGAUGAAAAUGAGGCCGCGCCCGCCUUUGGCCUGGGUUUUGUGACCAAUCUGGGCUCUAAGGUGAUCAACACCGGACUGGACACACUCGAAGGCAUUGGCAAAAAGACCAUGACCAUCUUGCAGGACAACGAUCCAAAGCUGAUGAACAAGCGAAAGCUCCUAGGCCUGGAGACCAACUCACCCAAUCUGAGUGCCGUGCUGCUGGAGGCAAAAAAGGAUGCUGACCAGAUGGAGCAAUCCCUGCAGCAGCUGCAGCUGGAAAGGCAGAAGGCGCAGCUGCGCUUCGAGGUCCUCUUCGAGCACUAUUGCGGCCUGGUGCACUUUGAGGCCCUGGAGAUCCUGUCCAAGGAAUCACGCCUCAAGCUGGACAACCUUGUGGAUGCGGUGAGUGGCAAUGCCCUGGCCGAACUGCAGGAAACCAUAAACGAGGUAAAGGAGCUGCUCGAAUUGGAGGAUCUGGAUGUGGAGAGCGAAGGCGACUACGAGGCGCAAGAGCUGAGCGAGCGGCUGGCGGCCACCAUCAAGGAUGCCGAGCUGGGUAUCCAGUUCGAUGAUAUAGCAAAGCACUGGACACAGUCCCUUGAGUGGCUAAACUCCGAGGAGGCCACCACCGGCGAUCUGGAGCAGGCUUAUGCCAAAAGCAUCCAUACCCUAAGCGAAGCCUGCGCUCUGGAGAUGUGCAAGCUGCACAAGAUCGCCGAGCUUUUGCUGGUUAAACCACAUCACAGCACCGCCAACGAGGUGGACGGCGUCGUCAAUCUCUGCCAGCAGUUCAAUGGGCACAUCCAAGGUCUCAGCCACCGGUUCGCCGCCGUUCUCAGUGGCAAACCGGAACCGGAGGAGGCAAAAGCCCGCGUCAGCACAUUCUUUUCCGAAAUGCUGUCCGCCGUACAGUUCAUCGAGAAGGCCUACAAACUAUUUACACCCAUUCUGCAGAUGGGAGCUGUCUAGACGGAUUUAAUUAUAAUUGUUGUACUUGCUAUGUUUACGAUUGCUUGGUUUAUGUCCUCAACUCACUUGUUUUCCAUAUAAAUGUAUAAAAAUUAUAAACGAUUGCGAUGCAAAUGCUUGUGAUACCAUUCCAGAA